UCUCUCUUUCUCUCUCUCUUUCUCUCUUCGUCCGAAGAGAUCCAUUUAAUUUACUAAAACCGCUUAUGAAGAACAGCUAAUGGCACGCAAUCUGAACUUCAUUAAUGUUGCAGAAGUACGUCGUUCUUUAUUCUAUGUGAAACAGCACGGAAAACUCGCGACGCUCGUCAGUGUGUUAUUGCUUCCAGGGAAACUUCACUGCUUUCUCUCCAAAAUAUUCUAUAUCGUAAAGAACUUCGAUGUAAUCAGCAACUGUAUUCUCUUGCCAAGCCAAUAGCAAGAAGAUACAAGACAAAAAUGGAGACUGAGACCCAUGUGCAAAUGGAAGACCACUCGCCCUCGAUAGAGCACAGCUUACGUCCAAUAUCGUACACCUCCUGGCUUCUGGGUGUCGGCGUUGCACGUCCGCGAAAGUGUCCCAAGGCUGUCACGAUAGCCCUACGUAUCGUUCAUCUGAUCGUGUGUACCGUUAUCGUGGUGUACGGCGUGAUAGAUUUCUUUACCUUCGGUAGCGUCUUCAAGAGCGACAUAUUCAAGAUCAUGUAUUAUAUGAACAAGAUGAUGUGCUACAUGUCGGCGUAUUAUUACGUUUAUCAAGGGAUCGGGCAGCAAGACAAGUGGUCGGAGCUGAUGGACAGAAUGAAGGCGGUGGAUCAGAAGAUCAGGAGAGAAACCCCUAUGAAUGACCGGCCCAUAAAAAACGUGGAAGCGUUAGCGAUUCUCGCAACGUUCGCUUGCGGCCCUUUAUCCCUGAUCAUACACGCCUUGUAUUACUAUUUUAUCCAUCCCGAAGACAUCUUUGCGUCCGACCUGCUGCUCUACUACACGAUAGCCCAGUCGAUGGUCAACAGCUUUAUCUUCGACGUUGUCGUCUACGUGCUGUAUCACAGAUUCCAAACGAUAAAUGAACUGAUCGGCCAGUUGGACGAUCUAUUCGGUGUGCCAUGGAUCGCGCUCAAGAUUAGACGCAUCAGAGAAUUGCAUACCGGUAUUUGUGACCUCGUCAUCAUGGUAAACAAUAUUCACGGCUUCCAUCUUCUCGUCUGCUCGGCGAACUGCUUCACCAUGGUCGUGGCUACACUAUUCAGAAUCUACAUGGGCGUCGUGGAGAAAAACUACGCGUUCAUGCUGAUAAAUAAUGUCCUUUGGAUUCUGUAUGCCACACAGUUUAGCCUGAUGUGCUGGAUUUGUACGCUCGCGCGUCAAGAAGCCAAUAGGACCGGGAUACUUAUAUACGCGAUUGUGCUUAACUGCAAGCCUGCGAGUCUUGGUAAAUUGAACGGUGCAAGGAAUCAAUCAAAUCUAGAAGUGCUACCGCCAUUGGAAGGCCCGGACGAGCAAAAUUUUAAUCGGAGCAGCAAUUAUGAUCUGAACUAUGUCGCCAUGGAAAAUCUUUUGCGCAAAAACCUGGACCGAGACUGUGUCAGAAACGAAGUCAAUGAUUUUUCAAUUCAGCUACAACAGCAUCGGGUGGCAUUUACGGCCUGUGAUUUUUUCGAAAUGAACAAUGCUCUGCUCAGUGGUUUCGUCGGGGUGAUCACUACUUAUUUAAUAAUUCUCGUUCAAUUUUAUCGACCCAAUAAUCUAGAUGAGCAAUUCAACGGGAAACACUAAGAAAAUGAUUGCAAUAUAAAGAGAUGUUGCAAGCUAUACACAAAAUGUACGUACAUUAUUUUUUAAAAUAAUAAAAUUUGCCAGUUUAGGUAUUUUCGAUCAAAAACUUGCUUCUUCAGAUUGACAAAUAUCAUAAAAAUGCGCCUCAAUUAAAGACCUUGCAAUUAUUUCAUACGUAUUAUAAGUGUUUCAGUAUAAGAAAGAUCAUAGUGAUUUAAUUGCAUAAAAUUUUUUUUAUAUAUAUUUUAUGCGAUUAAAUCACUAUCAUCUUUCUUUUCGUUUAUAUACUUUAUCUGCCAUUAUAUAAACAAAAGAAAUUCAAUUAAAGAAAAUGAGGUUUAAAUGCGCAAAAACUUAAUGAACUUGUGAUAUAAACAUAGAAAUAAAUUAAAUCCUCUGAAUACUAUACAUUAUAUCUAUAAAAAUUAUUUACGCAGUUACAAAAUUCUUAAUAUAUUAUGUGUUGUGCAGACUAACUCGAGCAAUAAAACUUUGCCUGAGGCACAUGAAAGCUAGUUACGAUUCUGAUUGCGAUUUGUGAUAAAGGAUGUAGCAAGAAAAAAAUGCGUUAUUUUUUUUAAUUAAUAUUAAAUUUCAAUAAAUAUUUAUUAUAAUAAACUUAUCGCUAUAUAAUACAUAACAUUUAUAAAUCUUCAAAAAAUAAAAACCAGGUUGGGAGGUAGCGCAGUAUAUUUGUAAAGCCGUUACUCUUAAAGUUGCUUUUGUUUAGCAACGGCAUUACUUUUCUCUUUCAUUGAUUGUAACAGUAAUGUUGUUACAUUUUUUUUUAGUAACAGUAACGAAUUCAAUAGUUAUUUUUAUCGUUACUUUUUACAUUUUGAAUUUAUUUUUGACAUUUCCAUUAUGUACGUUUAAUCUUUAGCUGUUGUUAGACAGACCAC